AUGGCGGCGUGGACGCAAGAAGAGUGGGAGAUGAUGACAGAGGAGGAGAGAAAUGAGCCAAUUCCAAUGUUCCGCGUUCGGCAAAACAUGACAGGCCCGGUCUAUCGAGGCCAGUGGCUAUACCCAUCAACGAUCGCCCGUCUCGAGAUUGACCCGAAAGACGCGGAGAAGGCAAGACGGCGAUUGAGAAACAAUCGGUUCAUCGCCAGAGUUCAGCUUCUGACGGUCCCGGACGAGAUUGAUGGGACCGACGUCUUUCUCGCUGGGGACAAGGCUGCUCGGCCGACUCUGGGUCAGCAUCCGAUACCGCUGGAAGACGGCCAGCCUGCCCUAUACUUAGACUUUGAGUUUGCGCACCUGAUGGUGAACCGGACAGGGACCUUCAAGUUGCGAAUCAAUCUCUUCCGCGCUUCGAGUAACCACCAGAGCGAGAAGUUUGUCGCCUGGGCUGAUGGGAGGACCUUCACCUGCUGGCCCUUGGUAGAGUGA